AUGUCAGCAUGUAAGGGGUCAAGGUGCUCCUUCGAGGGGAAAAAAGACAUGAACACUAAAAUAGAGGGAGGAGAAAAGAUACACCAGAGUGCAUCAGUUGGGAGAUGGGAGAAGGGCUUAGGCUUGAGCCCGUCGCUGCCCCACCCGUCUCACUGUGAGGCCUUUGUCUCCUACUCAUGGUCCAAACUACUCUUUCUCUACACUACGACCAAGAAAUUAGGUAAGGUAGGCAAUGGUAAUAGUUCCCCAGAUAGAACUGUUGGCAGAAGAGGUAAGGUAGGCAAUGGUAAUAGUUCCCCAGAUAGAACUGUUGGCAGAAGAGGUAAGGUAGGCAAUGGUAAUAGUUCCCCAGAUAGAACUGUUGGCAGAAGAGGUAAGGUAGGCAAUGGUAAUAGUUCCCCAGAUAGAACUGUUGGCAGAAGAGGUAAGGUAGGCAAUGGUAAUAGUUCCCCAGAUAGAACUGUUGGCAGAAGAGGUAAGGUAGGCAAUGGUAAUAGUUCCCCAGAUAGAACUGUUGGCAGAAGAGGUAAGGUAGGCAAUGGUAAUAGUUCCCCAGAUAGAACUGUUGGCAGAAGAGGUAAGGUAGGCAAUGGUAAUAGUUCCCCAGAUAGAACUGUUGGCAGAAGAGGUAAGGUAGGCAAUGGUAAUAGUUCCCCAGAUAGAACUGUUGGCAGAAGAGGUAAGGUAGGCAAUGGUAAUAGUUCCCCAGAUAGAACUGUUGGCAGAAGAGGUAAGGUAGGCAAUGGUAAUAGUUCCCCAGAUAGAACUGUUGGCAGAAGAGGUAAGGUAGGCAAUGGUAAUAGUUCCCCAGAUAGAACUGUUGGCAGAAGAGGUAAGGUAGGCAAUGGUAAUAGUUCCCCAGAUAGAACUGUUGGCAGAAGAGGUAAGGUAGGCAAUGGUAAUAGUUCCCCAGAUAGAACUGUUGGCAGAAGAGGUAAGGUAGGCAAUGGUAAUAGUUCCCCAGAUAGAACUGUUGGCAGAAGAGGUAAGGUAGGCAAUGGUAAUAGUUCCCCAGAUAGAACUGUUGGCAGAAGAGGUAAGGUAGGCAAUGGUAAUAGUUCCCCAGAUAGAACUGUUGGCAGAAGAGGUAAGGUAGGCAAUGGUAAUAGUUCCCCAGAUAGAACUGUUGGCAGAAGAGGUAAGGUAGGCAAUGGUAAUAGUUCCCCAGAUAGAACUGUUGGCAGAAGAGGUAAGGUAGGCAAUGGUAAUAGUUCCCCAGAUAGAACUGUUGGCAGAGGUGAGGCAGGCAAUGGUAAUUCCACAUGUUGCAGUUUUAUAUUCCUCGUGAAAAAUAAUGCACUAUUUCUUGCAUUUAAGCCUAAAUACACUUUACCUUAAAUUCA